UACACGCCGCCGAUUGUGCCGCCAUGUCUCUCGUGAUCCCUGAGAAGUUCCAGCACAUCCUGCGAGUACUCAACACCAACAUCGAUGGGCGACGGAAAAUAGCCUUUGCCAUCACUGCCAUUAAGGUUCUGGCCAACGGCCUGGACAACAAGCUGCGCGAGGACCUAGAGCAACUGAAGAAGAUUCGGGCACAUAGGGGACUGCGCCACUGCUGGGGCCUUCGUGUCCGAGGCCAGCACACCAAGACCACAGGCCGCCGGGCCGCACUGUAGGUGUAUCCAAGAAGAAAUG